AAAUAUGAGUGUAAUAUUUAUUUUGUUUCUUUUUUUUCUUUCCUUAUGCUACUGUUGUUUCAAUACAUUGUUAAAUAUUUGAAUGUUUUUACGAAAAUAAGUGGACAAGUUUAAUUUUAUUUUCAGAAUAAGUAAAUAGUAUAUAAUAAAAUAGAUUUACCGGGGGGUGGGAGCUGGUUGUACUUAUUUCUCUCGCGAGAUCUGGGAAAGAGCUGGUUACUUGUUUCUCUCGCGAGAUCUGACAAGCCUGCGCGCGAAGCAAACACGGCGAGGAUAAAGCUAGAUGGCGUCUGACGGUGAAGACGUUAUUGCAGUGUUCUUAAUCUGUGCGUCCAUGUACACAUAUAUGUCCUUUAUUACACUCUAUUCAUUAAUAACUGUUUGUAUAUUAGUCUGAGCGCACUUUCAUGCUACCUUAGCUUGCUAGUUAGCUUAGCUUGUUAGCUGCUAACAAAGAAGUGAUGAAAACACAUCGCUAAGCAGAGAUCAAGUGUGAGUGUAAAGUGUUGUGAUUGUGUGAAAAUGUGCGAAAGAACCAUAGCAGAGUACGAGGAGGAACUUUGUCCAACAAAAGAGGAGAAGGAGCGACAACAUCGAGUUGUGUUACACACAACAGACAUCCAUCAGCUGAUUGGACACCAAGAAGAAUGUCUCCCUCAUCUGCAGGGGGACAGAUUCACUUUAGAGGAUCCACAGCCCUCACAUUUUAAAGGGGACGAGGAGGAUCCACACAAGAAAGAGGAAGAGGAGGGAGAGUGUGUUGUAGGGCAGGAGGAGGAUGAUGUCAGCAAGUUUCCACUGACUGUUGUCUCUGUGAAGACUGAAGAGCAUGAAGACAAAGCACCUGAGUCCUCACAGCUUCAUCACAGUCCAAACGUCCAGCAGCCCCUUCACAUUAAAGAGGAAGAGGAGGAUCCACAGCCCAACCACAUUAAAAAGGAAGAGGAGGAUCCACAGCCCACCCACAUUAAAGAGGAAGAGGAUGAUCCAAGGCCCACCAACAUUAAAGAGGAAGACGAGGAUCCACAGCCCACCCACAUUAAAGAGGAGGAGGAGGAUCCACAGCCCCCCCACAUGAAAGAGGAGGGAGAGUGUCCUGUAGGGCAGGAGGAGGAUGAUGUCAGCAAGUUUCCACUGACUGUUGUCUCUGUGAAGACUGAAGAGCAUGAAGACAAAGCACCUGAGUCCUCACAGCUUCAUCACAGUCCAAACGUCCAGCGGGUGUCAGCGGGGAGUCAUGAAGAGGAGUGGCACACCAGUGUGGGACAGAAGGAGCUACAGGCCCCCUCCCACAUUAAAGAGGAGCAGCUUCAUGAUGAAGAUGAAGCUCAGUCCUUACAGCUUCAUCACAGUCAAAGUGAGGAGAACAGAGGGGCGGAGCUUGUAAGUCAACACAUCACAGAAGCUGAUGGAGAGCAUUGUGAAGAUAUGACGUCAGAACCAGACAGCAUCUUUGCUCCACUGUCAGACAUGGACCACAUGAUAUCACACUCUUCUGAUCACAGUGACCACAUCCAAAUACCUUUGGAGAGUCAAAACGACUCUAAAGGUGAUACGAGACAUCACACUAACAACAAACACUUUGACUGCUCUCAAUGUGGGAAAUCAUUUAGACACAAGGGUCAUUUUACAGUACACAUGAGAAUACAUACUGGAGAGAAACCUUUUUAUUGCUCUGUUUGUAAGAAGAGUUACUCCACAAAGUGUAACAUGACCACACACAUGAGAACACACACUGGAGAGAAACUUUUUACUUGCUCUGUUUGUAAGAAGAGUUUCUCCAGAAAGGAAUACAUGACCACACACAUGAGAACACACAAUGGAGAGAAACCUUUUACUUGCUCUGUUUGUAAGAAGAAUUUCUUCCAAAAGUGUAACAUGACCACACACAUGAGAACACACACUGGAGAGAAACUUUUUACUUGCUCUGUUUGUAAGAAGAGUUUCUCCAGAAAAGAAUACAUGACCACACACAUGAGAACACACACUGGAGAGAAACCUUUUACUUGCUCUGUUUGUAAGAAGAAUUUCUUCCAAAAGUGUAACAUGACCAGACACAUGAGAACACACACUGGAGAGAAACCUUUUACUUGCUCAGCUUGCUCUAAAAGAUUCAACAAUAAGAAUGACAUGAUAUUACACAUGAGAACACACACAGGUGAGAAACCUUUUACCUGCUCUGUUUGUAAGAAGAGUUUCUCCAGAAAGGAAAACAUGGACAGACACAUAAGAACACACACAGGAGAGAAACAUUUUUCUUGCUCAGCUUGUGCUAAAAGAUUCAACACUAAGAAUUACAUGAUAUUACACAUGAGAAGACACACAGGUGAGAAACCUUUUUCUUGCUCUGUUUGUAAGAAGAGUUUCUCUAGGAAGCAACAAAUGACCAUACACAUGAGAACACACACUGGAGAGAAACCUUUUUUGUUGCUCAGCUUGUGCUAAAAGAUUCAACACUAAGAGGGAAAUUAUAUUGCACAUAAGAACACACACAGGUGAGAAACCUUUUUUUUGCUCAGCUUGUGCUAAAAGAUUCAACACUAAGAAUGACAUGACAUUACACAUGAGAACACACACAGGUGAGAAACCUUUUUUCUUGCUCUGUUUGUAAGAAGAGUUUGUCCACAAAGCGUAACAUGACCACACACAUGAGAAUACACACUGUAGGGAAACCUUUUCUUGCUCUGUUUGUAAGAAUAGUUUCUCCAGAAAGCAUCACAUGACCACACACGAGAACACACACAGGAGAGAAACCUUUUCUUUGCUCAGCUUGUGCUAAAAGAUUCAACACUAAGAAGGAACUUAUAUUAAACAUGAGAACACACACAGGUGAGAAAGCUUUUAUUUGCUCUGUUUGUAAGAAGAGUUUCUCCAGGAAGGAAUGCAUGAACACACACUGGAGAGAAACCGUUUAGUUGCACUGUGUGUGAUAAAAGGUUCAGGUUUAAGCAUCAGGUCAGUAAACACAAGUGUGUAACAGACAUGGAAGCUGCAGGGAUGUAAAAACACUUAAACAGUGAUUGUGCUAAAUGUAGUUUAAAGGCCUACUGAAAGCCACUACUAGCGACCACACAGUCAGAUAGUUUAUAUAUCAAUGACGAAAUCUUAACAUUGCAACACAUGCCAAUACGGCCGGGUUAACUUAUAAAGUGACAUUUAAAAUUUCCCGGGAAAUAUCCGGCUGAAACGUCGCGGUAUGAUGACGUAUGCGCGUGACGUAGUCAGUUAAACGGAAGUUAUGGUACCCCGUAGAAUCCUAUACAAAAAGCUCUGUUUUCAUUUCAUAAUUCCACAGUAUUCUGGACAUCUGUGUUGGUGAAUCUUUUGCAAUUUGUUUAAUGAACAAUGAAGGCUGCAAAGAAGACAGUUGUAGGUGUGAUCGCUGUAUUAGCAGCGGACUACAGCAACACAACCAGGAGGACUUUGUUGGAGAGCAGACGCGCUAGCCGCCGACCUCACCUUGACUUCCUACGUCUCCGGGCCUCCAAACGCAUCGGGUGAAGUCCUUCGUCCUUCCGCCGAUCGCUGGAACGCAGGUGAGCACGGGUGUUGAUGAGCAGAUGAAGGCUGGCUGGCGUAGGUGGAGAGCUAAUGUUUUUAGCAUAGCUCUGUGCGGUCCGGUUGCUAAGUAGGCUUCAAUGGCGUCGUUAGCACAGCAUUUUCAUUUCAUUUCAUUCAUGUUUAUUUCGAAUAUGUAGACAAAACAAAAACAACACGUUUUGAAAAAAAACAACAAAAAAGCCAUUUGAAUGAAUAACAAAAACAAUAAUAAUAAUAAUAAUAGUAAUAAUAAAAAGCAAAAGAAACAAGAAAUGAAAAUAACCAUUAAUGUAAACAUAUCCGAAAAGGAGUGAGAAGAAGUAAAAACUUAUGUACUCCCACCCCUCUUAUUACUUACUGUAUGUAUAAUAAUAAUAAAAGUAUAUAAAAAUGUUAUGUCAUAUAAAUACAUAUACAUAUAUAAGUAUGUACAUAUAUAUCUACAACAUACAUUUAACAAGUAACUAUGAAUGUGACACAUACAUAGUAUACAUAUACAUACACAUACACAUUGACUCUUAGUGCAGUUCACUAUACCCUGUGAACAAUAUAUUUGUGUACAUUCUUUUAAAAACAUUGAUGCUUGGACUUUGCUUAUGUACUUCGCUCAGAUUGUUCCACAACUUGACACCUGUGAUGGAAAUGCGAAAACUUUUCAUGGUGGAAUUUCUCAUCUGAAUUUUAAAAUGGAGUUCUCUCCUCAAACUAUGCCCCCCUCACGUUCACUAAAUAUGUUUUGAAUGUUCAGUGGUAAGAAAUGGUUCCUAGCACUGUACAUAGUUAUUGCUGUUUGAUAUGAGACCAUGUCGGUGAAUUUUAAUAAUUUAGACUGUAGAAAUAGUGCAUUGGUGUGUUCCAGAUAGCCCACCUUGUGAAUGAUCCUUACUGCUCUUUUUUGCAAAAUGAUUAGUGACUGUAACGAACUUUUGUAAUUGUUACCCCAGACUUCAGUACAGUAGUUUAAGUAUGGCAAGACUAAAGAACAGUAGAGAGUGUGUAUGAUCCAGAACCUGCUUUGCUUUGUUUAUGACUGCUAUACUUCUUGCUACUUUGUAUUUGACAUGUGUAAUAUGUGCUUUCCAGCUGAGCUUGUCGUCAAUUGUUACACCAAGGAAUUUGAUUUUGUGCACUUGGUCAAUAGCCACCCCAUCAAUUUCUAUCUUCAACUGUGUGUUUAACCUGAACCUGCCAAAGAACAUAAACUUGGUCUUGCUCACAUUCAAAGAUAAUUUGUUCCAGUCAAACCAUAAUUUCAGUUUAUACAACUCUUCAUUUAUGUUCUUUUGUAAUGUAUCUAGAUCAUCACCAGAGCAAAAUACAUUCGUGUCAUCUGCGAAAAGUACCAUAGACAGCAACUUGGAUACUUGGCAAAUAUCAUUUAUGUACAGUAUAAAAAGUUUUGGUCCCAAUACUGACCCCUGGGGGACUCCACAAGCAAUGUCCAAGCAAUUUGAGCUAUGGUUUCCCAGCUUCACAAACUGUUUCCGUCUGUCCAAAUAGCUUUUUAUCCAGUCUAUUGCCAUACCUCUUAUACCAAUUUUCUCCAGUUUAUUAAUUAGUAUAUUGUGAUUGAUAAUGUCAAAAGCUUUUCUGAGGUCAAUGAAGAUGCCAAUUGCAUAUUGAUGAUUAUCAAUUGCGUCUAUGAUUCUUUCAAUGGAUUCCAUCAAUGCCUGAGAAGUUGAUCUUUUAGUUGUAAAACCAUAUUGACUCUCUGAGAGUACAUUAUAUCUUUCCAGGAAUGAAUCUAAUCUGCUAUUAAAUAGUUUCUCCAAUAUUUUUGAAAAUUGAGGCAGUAGUGAGACAGGUGUGUAGUUUGUGAAGAGGUGUUUGCUCCCAUUUUUAUACAGUGGAAUGACCUUUGCUAUUUUCAUUUGAUUUGGAAAUGAACCGGUUUGAAAAGAUAAAUUGCAUACGUGAGUAAGUGGCUUAGAAAUCCCCUCAAUGACCAGUUUGACCAAUGACAUGUCAAUAUCAUUCAAAUCUGUUGAUUGUUUGUUUUUACAGUUUUUUACUAUGUCCAAUAUUUCCUUCUCUUCGACUCUCUCAAGGAACAUUGAGCAUGGAUUUCUCUUCACCAGAUCCCCCAUAUGCUCCCCUUCCACCCCUCCAUCCAUAAUUUUACUCUCUAGAUCAGGGCCUACUUUAACAAAAAAGUGAUUGAAGCGAUCUGCCACCUCCUCCAUAUUGUAAUUUUCAAUAUCAUCUUCUUUGAAAUAUUUAGGUAAGCUGUUUUGUUUGACACCAUCUCUUAUUAUACUGUUUAAUAUGUUCCAUAUCCCUUUUAUAUUAUCUUUAUUACGCUCUAGUUUAUUCUUGUAGUAUUCUUUCUUACUUAUCCUUAUAAUACUGAUUAACUUAUUUUUAUAUUUUUUAUAUUUAUCCUCAGCUUCUUUGGUUCUCUGUCUAAUAAAAUUCCUGUAUAAUGCAUUUUUCUUUUUACAAGCAUUUUGCAAACCUUUCGUUAACCAUGGACAGUUAUCAUAUGCUCUUGUUUUGUUGUAUUCUUUGAUUGGACAAUGUUUAUCAUACUUUGACUUAAAUAUUUCCAAAAAUAUAUUAUAAGCACCGUCCACCUCUUUUUUUUAUUAUAAAUCAUAUCCCAUUUCAGUGAUACUAGAUCCUGUAUUAACAUAUUAAUUGAUUUGGCUGUCUUUAUUCGCCUAAAUAUUUUUUGUUUACCUGUCCUAUUCUUAUAAACAUAAUAAAUUACCGUAAAUACCGGCAGGUGGUCGGUAAUAUCGCAGACUAAUAACCCACUUAUUUUGUUAUCAAUUACAUUGGUAAAUAUGUUGUCUAUGAGAGUGGCACUGUGAGAUGUAAUUCUACUGGGUCUAGUGAUUGAAGGAAGUAGGCACAUACUGUGUAUUGUAUUUAUAAAAUCUUCUGUGCUUUUAUGAUUGCUAUGUUUCAAUAUAUCUAUGUUAGUAUCUCCACAUAUAAAUAUAUUUGUAUUACCUAUUCCUGAGAACAUGCCUCCCAUCCAGUCCUUAAAAGUAUCAAUACUUGAAUCGGGCGCCCUGUAUACACAACUGAUGAGCAAUUUUUUUUUGUUUUCCAUGCAGAUCACAAUUGUAAUGCAUUCGAGAAGGUUAUCAACCACCUGUGACAUAGCCUCUACAAUCUUGAAAUUGAAAUUUGUAUCCACAUAAAUUGCUACUCCUCCUCCACCCUUGUUAAUUCUGUUUUUAUAAGUAAGUUCAUAGCCAUCCAUCUCAAAGUCCAUUCCCCUUUCCUUGUUGAACCAAGUUUCAGAUAUUGCUAUGAUAUUGAAUGGUUGUGAGAAUGAGUACAAAUAGUUCUUAAUGGAUUUAAAGUUUGUAUAUAGACUUCCACUGUUAAUGUGAAUAAUAGAUAACUUCCCAUCUGCUGUGAUGUUGUGAUUAUACUGUUCAGUAGUGUAGUAUUUACAAGAGUUAUUAAUGUUGGAAAAUAAAUUUAUAUCUGGGUCAAUGUCCAGUUCCAAGUCCAGUGUGUUGUGCUCAUAGUGGAUUGUUCAUAGUCCAUUAUCCGCUGAUUUAGAUGACUGUCGUCACCCAUUGUAGCGAAAGUCAUAUUGUUGUGUGUCAUGGUGUGUUGUUACCUUAGUUCAGUUAAACCAGAAUGCCAAUAGCCCACCUAUCCCUUUGGCUCUUCCCUACUGGUACUUGUCUAACUCCUCCAUGCUUCUGAUGAGUACCACUUUUGCAUUAAUUCCGUUCAACUUCACAAAGAUCUUGCAACUUGUGGUCCAUUGUUAAGCUUCGCCAGCCUGGAAAGCAUUAACCGUGUAUUUAUAUGUCCACGGUUUAAUAGUAUUGUUGAUUUUCUAUCUAUCCUUCCAGUCAGGGGUUUAUUUUUUUUGUUUCUAUAUGCAGUUAAGCACGAUGCUAUCACGUUAGCUCGUAGCUAAAGUGUUUCGCCGAUGUAUUGUCGUGGAGAUAAAAGGCACUAAAUGUCCAUUUCGCGUUCUCGACUCUCAUUUUCAAGAGGAUAUAGUAUCCCAGGUGGUUUAAAAUACAAAUCCGUGAUCCACAAUAGAAAAAGGAGAGAGUGUGGAAUCCA